AUGGCAUUGAGAAUGUUAAUGAGCGAGGCAUCGCGGAGGAUGUCCAGCCACCAAACAUUCACUAUCGGCAGCUUCUCGACACCCUUCAUCGUCGACAACGGGACAACAGUAACAUCACUGAUCGCAGACAACCUCACAUCGAUGUUCAGCGACGAUAUGCCGCCGGAGGACAGUUUACAAAACCUUUCGGUAACCUGUCUCUUUAACACUUCACUCAACACGUCCACAUGCGAAAAUGGCCCCUCCAACACCUCGAACGUCGACUCGUAUGAUCUCCCUCACGCCUUAUGGCUAACAAUCAUCUUAGGAUUUCUAGCCAGUGUUAUUAGCGUCGUUACGGUUGUAGGCAACAUAACGGUACUACUGGCUUUUGGAUUGGAACGAACUAUACGACAGCCCACCAAUUAUUUUCUCGCCUCGCUGGCUGUGUCAGAUCUGCUCAUUGGUACGUUUUCAAUGCCGCUCUACACUCAGUAUUUGCUUUGGGGCUCCUGGGCUUUAGGGCCUUGGUUGUGUGACCUCUGGUUGUCUUUAGACUGGACUGUCUGUCUGACAUCCCAGUAUACCGUGUUUCUUAUUACUAUGGAUCGCUUUCUCAGCGUGAAAAUCCCAGCGAAGUAUCGUAACUGGCGAACAGAAAAGAAGGUACUUGUUAUGAUAUCCAUUACUUGGAUUCUUCCUGCAAUGGUGUUCUUUACAUCAAUCAUCGGUUGGCAGUAUUUUGUAGGUAAGAGAACGGUGAAGCCUGAAAAUUGUGAAGUUCAGUUCAUGGAAGAUACAAUGUUUACUUUUCUUCUGACUAUUGGAUAUUACUGGAUAACCCUAGUUGUCAUGUGUAUCCUUUACGGUGGAAUCUACAAAGUGGCUUUAGAUCUGCAAAGGAAGUCGGACGCUAAGCAUAAAAAGAUGCAGUCGACCAUGGAACUUGCAGGAGAGAAUCCCAGUCCCGCAAUGCGAAGCAUCGGUGGCGAUGGUGAAAAAUGUAGUAUCAACAGUAGCGGCUGUGUGGAUAGCGUGAAUCCCCCACAAGCCCAGAAUAACAACAAGAACAGCAAGUUAAACAACAGAAAGAGCGUUAAGACCUCGCUGCCAUGUCCACCAGGGAUACAGAACAUCAACACUACAAGUUUUAGUACAGGCAAGGAUGUUGAUAAGGAUGAUGAAAGGUCAAGCAGUCCCGCUUUUGGUUCUGAUGAUGAAAACAGCAGCAGCGGAGGAGCAGCUGGUUCCAGUAAAGGACCAUUGAACUCCAGCCUCUACUCUAGUAAAGUCGGUCAAGCAGGAGGUAUCAUUAACAGCGUUCUUUUCUCAAACACUGGGGGUCUAGUUCGAUCUCUCCACGGAGAACUGUUCUUGUCAACCUCUACGGAAAGUCAAAACCUUCUACAGCCGCCGCCACCUUACAGUAAGCACGACACCAGAUUAACCAAUGAAACUGGAUCCGAUGUGGAAGGUAGAGAUCAUCAAGAAUUCGAUAGUCUGUAUUCUUCCUCGGCAUCUGACAGGUUGGAAAAACAGACAGUACCCCUUUUACAAAACGAAAUCAACAAAGGAUGCCGGUUCAUUGAUGAGAAGAGUUUGCUGGCUACACUGAGUUCAGAAAAUGCUGCCCUCCUUCCUGUGAUAACGGGUGAUUCAGAAUUUGAGGAUUCCGAUGUAGCCGAUCUUCAUACCUCUUCUCCGAUAUGGAAACGUCGCACUUCGCUACCUCCUCUUGCCUCAGAUGUGUUUGAUAUAGACGAUGAAGUCAGCGACUAUCUCAUCGCGGCCGAUCUUACCACCACAACUGACAUGCCCACGUCUUCUCCCACACUGUUGUCAAGCUGUAACAGGUGCGGCUUGGAAGAUCAACGCCCGCGAGCAGACACUGUCAAUACACUGACUUCUUCCAUUACGGCGGCCGAUACUGGCACGGACGACAGUAGUGGCAACAAAUCCAGUCAGUCAAAUGUCACGGGAAAUGCUGCUAGCUACCCUAGUGGCAGCAUCUGUAUCCACUCACCCCCGUCAGAAACAAACACAAACGAAGACAGUUCUCGAUGCGAAAGCCAUUGUCUGGCCUCUAUACGUCGGCGUAGAAACAAAGAUACACGACUCCAUUCCUUUGUGAAAUCAGUUCGUUCUAGAAACAGCAGACGAAGGAAUCGACGAGAGCGGAAAUCGAAAUCUGAAAACAGGGCAAGAAAGGCGCUCAGAACUAUAUCCUUCAUUCUUGGCGCUUUCGUCUUGUGUUGGACUCCAUACCAUAUUGCCAUUAUGGUGUUCGCACUGUGCAUGGAUUGCGUCAAUCUUAGCCUUUAUGCAUUUACUUAUUGGAUGUGCUACUUAAACAGCCCUAUUAAUCCUUUCUGUUAUGCAUUCGCUAACGCUCAGUUUAAAAGAACCUUUCUGCGAAUUAUGAGAUUUGACUGGCAUAGAACAUAA